AUGCACUGCUCUGGGAGGCCGGCGACGACUGUCUGCGCCUGGUUCCAGAGGUGCGCUCGCCCGGAGUCCGGCAGCGAGCGCCCAUUGAUCGUACGCUCGGGCGACAGCAGCGCCACGGCGCAGCCGCGGCACGCACGCGUACUGCCAAGUCGAGCGCGCAGCGGUGCUGACCCGCCGAACAUCACGACUCCCUAUGCCGAAGGCAAGGAGAAGAAGGCAAGGAGAAGAAGGCAAGGAGAAGAAGGCAAGGAGAAGAAGGCAAGGAGAAGAAGGCAAGGAGAAGAAGGCAAGGAGAAGAAGGCAAGGAGAAGAAGGCAAGGAGAAGAAGGCAAGGAGAAGAAGGCAAGGAGAAGAAGGCAAGGAGAAGAAGGCAAGGAGAAGAAGGCAAGGAGAAGAAGGCAAGGAGAAGAAGGCAAGGAGAAGAAGGCAAGGAGAAGAAGGCAAGGAGAAGAAGGCAAGGAGAAGAAGGCAAGGAGAAGAAGGCAAGGAGAAGAAGGCAAGGAGAAGAAGGCAAGGAGAAGAAGGCAAGGAGAAGAAGGCAAGGAGAAGAAGGCAAGGAGAAGAAGGCAAGGAGAAGAAGGCAAGGAGAAGAAGGCAAGGAGAAGAAGGCAAGGAGAAGAAGGCAAGGAGAAGAAGGCAAGGAGAAGAAGGCAAGGAGAAGAAGGCAAGGAGAAGAAGGCAAGGAGAAGAAGGCAAGGAGAAGAAGGCAAGGAGAAGAAGGCAAGGAGAAGAAGGCAAGGAGAAGAAGGCAAGGAGAAGAAGACUGACCAAGGUGAAAGCACGCACCAGACAGACCAAGGUGAAAGCACGCACCAGACAGACCAAGGUGAAAGCACGCACCAGACAGACCAAGGUGAAAGCACGCACCAGACAGACCAAGGUGAAAGCACGCACCAGACAGACCAAGGUGAAAGCACGCACCAGACAGACCAAGGUGAAAGCACGCACCAGACAGACCAAGGUGAAAGCACGCACCAGACAGACCAAGGUGAAAGCACGCACCAGACAGACCAAGGUGAAAGCACGCACCAGACAGACCAAGGUGAAAGCACGCACCAGACAGACCAAGGUGAAAGCACGCACCAGACAGACCAAGGUGAAAGCACGCACCAGACAGACCAAGGUGAAAGCUUUGUAGCAUCGACUAUCAAACUGAUGUUCAGCCGUAGUGCCGGUAACUAA